AUGAUGAUACGGUUGUACUAGUGCUCUUGUCUGUCUCAACUUGUCUCUGGAUUUUAUUGUCAGAGUAGAUUGGAUUAACUUCUCGAUUUUCUCCGUGUGAACAUGUCUUGGGAAGGAUUUCGAACUUAAAUAAUUUUCCUCUCUUAGUUUAUUACGUCCGUGACAAGCACACAGUAGAAUUUCGAGACCCAAAUCAGGGUCUUCUGUAAUUUUCUGCCAGUGUUCUUGUAUGAGCUAGAAGUUUUUUUUUCAGUGUUUUUAUGAAUGAGACCGCUUGUCAGUUCCAUUAAAAGACAGCUGAAAAAUUGUGGCACCAUGUAUUUUUAAGGCUGUCAUCUACGACUUACCCUAUCAUCAAUGGCUUCGCUUGUUGCUGAUUAUGGAAGUGACUCUGAAAGCGAGGAUUCAGAUUCCAAUGUCUCUGCUAAAUCAUCAAAGAAUGAGGCUGUAGAAAAAAUCAUGCUGCCAAAACCAGAUUUUGUCGUCAACUCCUCAAGUACAUCUUGGGUGAAGAACUCUGUUUUUUCGAACCCAUACCGAGAGGCGGAAGAUUCGAAGAGUGCAAUCCUAGAAAAGCAUGUGAAAAUGAUUCCAAGCAAAGCUGAAAUAAAAGCCAUCAAUGGAAAAUCAAUAUGCUGGAUGUAUCGUAAGGGUAGGUGCAGGUUUGGUCACAACUGCAAGUUUGCUCAUGACUCAGAUGUAGAAUUAUCAUCUGUAAGUGAGGCAGGAGAAAUAGGAGAUAAAGCCGUAAGCCAGGUUGUUCCAGAUGAGUCUUCUGUGGGUGAACCCCUGGGCGAAGACGAUACCAUUAUGACUAGUAUUAAAAGGAAAAGACCUGGCCUAAGCCAAACUCUAACUCCCGGCAAGAAAGUAAUGAAAAUGUAUAACCAACAAAAAUGGAAAAAGUGAUUAGUAUUAAAAGGGAGAAGAAUUUAAUUUUACCCUAGAAACUACUCAGGCAUAAACUAUACUUUUAUGCUAUGUUUAUAGCCACCAAACUUAGAAAACUCUGUUCUAUAUUGCAAGUAUUGCUUUGCUAUUGUGCAAAUUUCAUUUCAUUUUCGAAGAGAUACUGAAUUGAAAAAUGCGCUUAGUUAAUUUUUUGACAGGACAUUUUUAGAAACCAUUGCAAAGGAAAUUUUUUUAAUGUUGAACCAGAGAGAAAUAAAGAUUGUCCACUAGACUUAGGCAACAAGUAGAGGUGUCGUCAGAUAAGUUGGCCAUUGUUUACUUUCGGUUUGCAGGCAUUUUCGCGUCACUGCUAUCCAAAUGAAAACAUCUAACUCUCGCAGAAGCAAGAACACAAGCUUGGGUAGGUGUUUUAAUACCUUCAAACCUUGUAACAUUUUAAUUUUUAGCCACUCAGAAAUUACGACCACACUAAAGUCGCAGAUCAUAAUUGAUGAGUAGUUUUUUUACGAUAGGAUCAUGACACGGAUGUUUUUAAGAUAGAUAGUGGCGAACAACGGUCUGUACAGAGGCCUAAAUUUGUUGUCUGUGCUCGCAAACCAAAAGUAAACAAUGGCCAACUUAUUUGACGACACCUAUGACAACUUUUAUUUGCAAGGCCCUAUCACUCAAUCCUUGCAAUUAUCUUCUAUUGGCUUUUGAACGGAUUGUCAAGCAACUUUUGUAGCAAAGCAGCUACUGCAUAGAGAACUCUUAGGCACUACUUAUGCCUUUUUCAGCCCAAAAGAAGGCAUAUCUGUGAUUAUAGCCUUCUUCCAAUUUAUCUCCUUCUUUUUUUUUUUUUUUACUUGAACUUUCAAGUACUUGAGAAUUUUGUCCUGUUUAAUUUUAUUAAAAACGUAAAAAGGCAGAGGAGACUAAUCUUUACCAAAAAGUAAAACCUGAAUUCUGCAGGAGUCCUGCGGUCGAUCCCACAAAUCCUUUAGGAGAUCUGUCGGCAAAAAAGUUUGAAAAAUGAUGUUUUGAACGUAAGACAAACAUCAUAAAGAUUUGUUGUUAACAUUCAUCCUCAAUGAAAUGGUUUUCUUAUCUUGUCCCGAAGUUUUCAUACUUAUCUGUGAAGUUCUGUUAUAUUGCAACAAUAAACUUUUCAUUUCACGACAGCA